UACAGGACCUUUGUUUGUAGUCUUAAAUGCGUCUUUCGAAAAAAGGCUUGGCAUAGCAUACAGUAUUGCAAUGGUGGGUGGAUGCAUUGGUAGUUUUACCUUACCUCUCUUGAUUCAAACUUUGUUGGAUAAAUAUGGCCUUCAAGGUGCUUUGUUAGUUUGUUCUGGGAUGCAUCUGAAUAAUGUCAUUUCUGGUGCGUUAGUAAGGUCACCAUUUGAACCUAAAGUGGAAAAACGCACACGGAAAGAUGCAUUACUUCAAGAGCUGCUUGAUCCUGAGCAAGAACUAAAAUCAACAUUUAAAAGAGAUUUUACCGUUUCAGAUAGCAAUGUAAAGAGUCACGUGGACAAUGAAAGUCAUCCGAGUGACAAGAAAUCAAAAUAUCAUUUGAAAACACCAAGAUCUCAAUCUGAAAGUCAUGAUAAUGGUGCCACCGAAAAAGAUGUUCAUUUUCAAACAUCUCUUCAAGACUUCUUCAAAACACUUUCUAGAAGUGCACUAAACAUAUACAAUACAACAGAUACAGCAGAAACGUUUUCUUCAAUGCAUAGUGUUGGUAUCUUACAGCAAAAGUACGAAGACGAUGAUGAACCCUUUAAGCAAAAAGGUUCAUUUAAACUAUCAUGCCAUGAUUUGCUAGGUCUAGAUCUUUUGAAAAACCAUUGUUUACAGUCGGCACUGUUUGCAGCAUUUCUUUCGUUUUUCGCAUUAGCUUUUAUAGUUGCAUACAUUCCAGCUUUCGCGAGUGACAAUGGGAUCACUCAAGAUAGGUUAGCCAUUCUAUUAACCAUCAAUGGUGUGUGUGAUCUAGUAUCUCGAAUCUUACUCGGAAUUGUGAUAGACUCCAACAAAAUAAAAAGAAAAAAUAUAUUAUCAUUUUCGUUGUGUGUAACAGGAUUAGCAACGUUAUUCAAUCCAUUCUAUACAAAUUUUCAAACAUUCGCCAUAUACUCCGUAAUCUAUGGACUGUUCGGAAGUUUAUAUUUCUCUUUGAUGACAAUGUUGAUGAGGGAAGGUGUUGGUCCAGAUAAGCUACCUGCGGCACUAUCCUUACAGAUAUUCAUCCAUGGCAUUUCAUCCAUUGUGUUUGCACCUUUACUUGGUUAUAUAAGAGACCAAACAGGAUCAUACACAGUGUCCUUUUAUGUCAUGGGCACAGCACUUCUUAUUGCUUCUAUUGUAAUAUUUUGUGAACCGCUCAUUAAAAAACUCGAAGAUCGCAGAUUAAUGAAAUUUAGACAAGGGUCAAAUGUUGAUCAAGAUGUGUCAACUCAUAUGGCUGAUAACUGAUUUCUAACACGUUUCAAAAACUAUAAUAUUAGGCAGACAUUGAAAACCUUGUUGGUCCAAAUUUGCAUUUAGCACAUCAAUUCAGACCAUUUCAUUUAUUGCACGGUUUUAAAUAAACAUCGCCACCAAGACAUUCAAAAUUCAAAUACAGUAUUGUUACCAAGGCAUACCAAAUCCAGUACAUGUACUAACAGAUAUCCAAAAAAUACAUAGACAACCAUGUUGAUAAUAAUAUAUAUGCAACAAAGACAACAAAUACCUAUCUUAAGUUCAUAUGUAUAUAGAAUGUCGAAGGAGAUGAUACGUUUGUCAAGUUUAAGUUGAAAAUAUGUAUGAGUUCUACAAUUUUUUUGAUAUAAAAAAAAAAAAAAAAAAAAACAUAAA